AUGCGGCUGGUGAUCCCCACGCUGCCGAGUUUCAGGAUUCAGCGGCAGCCUGAAGUCUCCGUGCCUGCGCAGCAGCAGGUCGUCACGCGCCCCGCCGUGGUGACCGGGAGCGGCCGUACACAUCCCAGCGGCUGGGACCGACAAGAGUGCAAUCACUGCCGCGUGCUGCUGCUGGAUGGGUCGGACGUUAACGUGGAUAUACCAAAAAGGUCAAAGGGCCAGGAGCUGUUUGACCAGAUCAGGUAUCAUCUGGACCUGGUGGAGGCUGACUACUUUGGACUGCAGUUCAUGGACCCAGAACAAGUCUCA